AUGGUUCGACCUAGAAGAGUCGAUGUCCCAUUUGACGCGACGCAGCCGCUUACGCGUAGCGCUUGUCCCAUUUUGUUCUUUAAGUUCUUCUCUAUACAUACAAGCGCCGCUAGGGCGCUGAAUAAAGUUAAAAGCAGGGAUGCAUCACAAAUUGAUUCGGAACAACAAAACUUCAUCCUUUGCCCCUGGGUUUUUAUCGAGAGGUUUAUAACUCUUUAUAUGUUGAAGACAGCUAGAGUGGAAGUCUCUGGAUGGUUCAACCUAAUAAUCACUUGGAGUUUACAAUCGAGAAACGGAUCGCAAUUGAGAAGUGACUUUAUGAAAAAUGUGUUAAUUCGGCGAUUCAAACAGGACAAGGAUGGAACGUGGACUGGUGGCGAAGUUGUGUCAGAAAACCCUGAAGGGCGAAUCAAUGUAGGGCUAUCACCUGGAUUCAAGUUCGACACCAAUUGCUACAUUUACACCAUAAAUGUAACACUCGCAAAUGGAGGAACCGUCAAUGGAAGAAGUGAAGAACUGUGUUACUCUAUUCUAUCGCCAAGUUAUGUAAUGCUUUAUCUGGUAAUAUUGGUAAUUGUACUAUUAGUCGUUAUGAAAGUCUAUUACAAGCCUAAGAAGAGAAAACACCGUCGAAAACAUCGACAUGGAAAACGUGGACGAGGAAAGAAGAAGAAGAAGAAGAAGAAGAAGGACAAGAAAAAGUCCAAAAGUAAAGGUCCGAGCAAGCCCUCAAGUGAAAGCGGAAGUGUCGAUGAGGUCAAAACGUCUGGAACGCCUGGAACGUCUGGAACGCCUGGAACGUCUGGAACGUCUGGAACGCCUGCCAUGUCUGGAAUGUCUGGGGUGUCUGGAGUAUCUGGAGUAUCUGGAGUAUCUGGAACUCCGGAUGAUGUCAAAAAACCAUUGCAAUGA